UUCCACCCGGAACCAUUAAGUGGACGGAAAGUGAACCAGAAGGAGCUGCAUAGCUUUUUUGUUAAAACUUCAGCAUGUCUGCUAAACUAAACGCUUUAACUAGUGAUUCUUAUACUGAAAUUAGCCAAUAUAGAGAUCAACACUUUAAGGGUAACCGCUAUGACCAGGAGAAGCUGCUGAAGCAGAGCAACACGUUAUAUGUGGGGAAUCUGUCCUUCUACACCACUGAGGAGCAGGUACAUGAGCUGUUUGCUAAAUGUGGAGAUGUCAAACGCAUCAUCAUUGGUCUGGAUAAAGUCAAGAAGACGGCCUGUGGAUUCUGCUUUGUUGAAUACUACACACGAACGGGUGCCGAAAAUGCCAUGCGCUUCGUUAAUGGCACACGGCUGGACGACCGCAUCAUUAGGACAGACUGGGAUGCAGGUUUUAAGGAGGGUCGGCAGUACGGCCGUGGAAAAUCAGGAGGACAGGUGAGAGAUGAGUACAGACAGGAUUACGACCCAGCCAGAGGCGGCUACGGCAAACUGGCUAUCCAGCAUCGAUCCACAGAAUCACGCAAUACUUUUUAGACUGAUACCCAGCAGCUUCACUAAGCCUCCCUCCUGGACUGGAUUAAUUCUUCAACAAGCGGCUAUGUGGAACCAGAACAUUGUUUUUUUUUUUUUAUUUAUUUCUUUUUUUCCCCCUCUUCUGAAAACAACAAAACGACCACUGCAUCCAGAUCUGGGACAUAAAAGCCAAGCCUCCAUAAUAAAGAACAGUUACUGUAGUUACCAUACAUACUGUAUACAAGCUAAAAUAUUGCCAUCUUGUGGCGGGCUGGAAAGAUUAUAGUCAAAUAUGUUGACAUUUGCUCUGUUUCUGUUAUAAAUUGUGUGUACUUUUCUUUUUAAAUAAAGAUUUGUUUUUAAAGUUA